ACAUCUUCUGUCCAGACUCACGCUGAGGUGAAAAGCCUGCAGAUGACGAUGACUGACCUGGAGACUUCAAUGGCGACCAUCAUUGCAGUGUUUCAGAAGUAUUCAGAGAGAGAAGGCGACAAGCACAAACUGAAGAAGAGCGAGCUGAAGGAUCUGCUUCAUGACGAGCUGCCAGAUCUGAUGGCGCAUGUGAAAGACCAGGCCACGCUGGACGGCCUGAUGGAAAGCCUGGACACGGACGGCGACGCCGAGUGUGACUUCCAGGAGUUCAUGACAUUCAUCUCUAUGGUUACCGUCUGUUGCCAUGAGUUCUUUGAGCACGAGGACGAGUAAGGAGGAGGGAGGACAAAGAAGGAGGGAGCUACAGUAAAUUAUAAAGAAGCAGAAGCCUAGCAACACACAACCUGUCGAUGCCGUGAGAGCAGCGCAGGGUGGGAAACUGCAGCCAGCAGCCAAAACAUUGCUGGUAAAGUUUGGCUGCUGGCUGCCAACUAGUCCAGUUAGUUUGUCAUUUUGACUGAAAUCUAACAUGUUUUAGAGAUUCUGUCCUUUUCUAGGUGGCUUGUAAAGUCUAAAAAACAGCUCUGAGAUUUUGGUUGUGGCCAUAAAGUUUUAACAAAACUAGCCACUGAUUUUUAAAAUAAAAGUAAAGUAAAUAGUUGAACAGCUUUAACAACAUUUUGGCAAGUCAAACAGAUUUUUAGAGGCUUGCUGCAGAAAUUGGCGAGUAAGUUUUUGUUUCUGUACGGCCGCUUUCUGACUAAAUCCUAAAAAUCAAACUGCCGGGUAAAUUUUCGAAAAUGUUGACUAGAUUUAUGCCAAGUUUUUAGUCAUUAAUUUGAGGUUCUUCUCUUAAAAGGAACGGGAACAUUUUCUAAAAACUGUUAGAUUGUGGCUGGUAGAUUUCAAAUGUGGCCAUUAAUCAGUCAAGCAGCCACCAAUCAUUCUUUUUGAGAUUUUAUAUAUGAAAAAUUAUGAAUGUGGCUGACAAGUUAACUCAUAUAGCCGCGUUGGAAGAACUGUGUUCAAACGUUGAAAAUGACUAGUAACCUUUUAAAACAUUUUGACAUUUGGCUUGUAAAAGUUUCAAAAUGGCCUGUGAGUAUUUUCUACUCUAGAAGACACUUCGUUAGAUUCAGGUGGACAAUUGACAACAUUUUUAAAAAUCUAGUUGACUAUUAAAUUUGAAAAAUGAUGUGUUGUGUCUUGAAGUUACAAUCGUUUAAUUGGCUUGUAAAAUGCUUUAGCAGCCAGUUUGCUAGAAAGCCAACCAUCGUUUGGAGUCAUUAUCUAUCUGUUCAUAACAAAAACAUCUUACUGGUAAAAUUUGGAUGUGACACAUUUUUUGAUGCUGUAAAAAAAACAAAAAACCACUGGGCUUAACUCUUGUUUGCUAGUUGCUAACAUUUAAGUGGCUAGUAAAUCAUUAUUAUGAGUUAUAAUAUAUUCAAAAUUGCUAAUUGGCUGCUAAAAUAAUGAUGAAAUGUUGGUAUAUAGUUUCCUUCCCUGCUUCUGCUGCAGGUUUGAUCCUGUUAGAGUUUAUAUUCAGCGCAGUAGAAACUGUCAAACAAUCUGAACGAAGCUGUUAGAAUAAAACAUUUAGUUUGUAACUCUUCUCUUCAUGCAAAGAAAAAUAUAAAUGAGACAAAACGGUAAAAAAUAUGUGGGACAGUUUGUCUGCAAUGUUGUGACAAUGUGUAUUAUGAA